UUAAGGAAUAAUAACGAUAUCAACAUAUGUAGUAUAAACUAUUCAAUUAUUAUUUAUAUUUAAGUCAAGGUGUACAUUUUGAAAUAAGAGUUCAAUUUAGAAUUACAUCACCGGAAUUUGAUGAUACUGAUUAUGUAGGUGUCUUGGGGGACCUUGAUAGGAACACGUCCUACUGAUUAUUUAAAAACUUUGUGUAAUGAAUGGAAAUUUGUGAUCUAAUUGUGCAUUUUCUACUUUUCUAUUAGUAAGUAGAGUAACUGCUGCCGGCACAUAAAAGUAGUAAGGGGUGACAACAACAACCCCUUCUCUUUCUCAGUAGUAAAUAAAAACGUCUUUUCUUGGCGUCCUGUAAAAAGUUGCCACAUACAUAAAUUCUUUCAGAUAAAAUAAUAUAAAACAAAAUAUCUAUAUUUUCAGUUUAUAUCUAUGACAAGUGGAUGAUAAUUGAUAGGCCACAGAUUUAUUUAAUGUUUAUACUCUAGCAUCAUUAGAUAAGCUCUUCCCAGAAAUCACUAUAGAUUGAUAUUUAAUAAAAAUAAAAUAAUGGAGAUAUAUUUAACUACAAAUCAUGAAAUCAUCGAAGAAAAUACUUACGAAAGAUGUGUUUGUUGCAAUCGAAUACAAAACAAUUUAACAAAUUUGUCUGUUUGUAACUUUGCAUACCUAAUUGAACGUUUAGUGGACGUUAAGUUAAAAAUAAAGAUAUCUAAAAUAUGUUGUAUUUGCCAUUCGAUUUUAAAAAGGAUUUUUAAAUUCACAAAACAGCUAGAAGCAAGCUUUGGACUAGAUAUGCAGUACACCUCAAAUACAAAUUGGUUUAAUCUUGAAAAAUCAGACGUUCUCACAGUAGAUACACAAGUUCCAUUUUAUCAACAUAAUAAUUUAACAGAAGUCAAUAUUAAAGCAGAAGAUAUUCCCGAAAUAAAAAAUGAAUUAUUAGAUCAGAAUGAAUCAAAUCACAGUGAAGAUAACUAUGAAGAUUUACAAGUAGAACCUAUAGAACCUUUACAUGAUGUAAAGUCGCAAGAUCCAAGUAAAUGUCAUGAAACAGUAUUACCAGUUACUAAGAAGCCUCAUUCACAAAAAGAGGCUAAUUAUAAAGGCAAAAUUAAAAUUAUAACAAUUUCAUUAGAGGAAGUUAUGAAAGAGAGAAAAGAAGAACAGCUUAAUGAAAAAUAUUUGAGAUUGCCAUAUAAGUGUGAGGACUGCAUUGUUUCAUUUCACUAUAAACACUGCCUUACACAACAUUUAAAUAAGAGUCACUUUCCACACAAAAAUGGAAUUAAAUGCACAAUAUGUAGUUGCAUAUUUCCUACACAAAAAUCAUAUGAUGGCCAUAGCAGGAGACAUUUAAAUAGAUAUGAAUGCAUUCCUUGUGGAAAACGGUCGAUGGCUGUAUAUCCAUUGUUAAAACAUUAUAAUGAAGUACAUGAUAUUAUAAAGGAGUCAUAUAAGUGUAAGAGAUGUAAUUUUGUUACAACAAAAUACUCGGAACACCGUCGUCAUAGCCGAACUCACGGUCGUAAAGCAUUCUGUAAUCUCUGUGAUAAAACAUUCGCAAAUAAUACGUCGCUUGCCGUCCAUGUCAGCUCAGUACACAAUACAUCGAAUGAAACAUUUCCGUGCGAUGAAUGCGAUAAGGUGUACAAUAAACGAGCGAGUCUUUUAGCUCAUCAGCGUUCUCACAAACCCGGGUUUUUUUACUGUGACGACUGUCAGAGGACGUUCAAGUCGAAAUCAAUCCUGUCUACGCAUUUAAAACGCCACUUACGGCAUGCCAAGGAUGAUGCAUGGCGAUAUAAAUGUAACGAUUGUGAUGAAAAAUUCAAGGUGAAACGAAAUAUAGAAGACCAUAUUUACUUCGAGCAUUUGAAAAUAAUGAAAUAUGUAUGCGAUGUUUGCUCAAAGACUCAGAUGUUCCGAAUCGUAUCGAAAUUGACAAAUGUUCCUGGCCACAAUGGUUUGCAAUCUCUGACAUGUCAUAUAAUUAUAGCUGUCACGCACACAUCUGGGGAUCGUAUAACGAAAAAUGUCAAGUGAUAAAUUAUGGUUAUAAUUCGGUCAUCUUGCAGCCUGGAUAAAUGUGUAUCAUUAUUAUUUAAGCUUUGUUAUCAACUAACGCAAGUUUAACAAUUUAAAUGCAUUUGCAUAAUUUGAGAAUUUUUCAUGUUAUUAAUAGAUACUGUUAAUUAAAUGAGUUAACUAAUGAGGAACUCAUUUUUAUUAUAAUUUAGCUUGAUUGCGUAAAUAAACCGGAAGUUAAUAUUGGAAGUGAUAUUUUAUAACAAUGCA